UGGCGCACAUGGGGGUUGAGUAAAGAGGAAGCCACGUUGACAGAGAAAGUAGUAGUCUACCGGUGUGUUCUGUGUUUCUCUCACGCCGCGACAGAACCGUCACGUCGCAAACUUACACCUGUAAACUCAGGAACCUCAGUUGGAAGAUUUAGAUAAAGCUUUCUUACAGGCUCAAAGACGCCACAUCAUCUGACAGGAUGAGUGUUGGGUUCAUUGGAGCGGGCCAGCUGGCUCACGCACUGGUGAAAGGCUUCACAGCUGCAGGUGUGAUUGCUACACACAGGAUAACAGCCAGCUCCCCAGACUCUGAUUUGCCCACUGUGUCGGGGCUGAGGAAAAUGGGGGUGAACCUGACGACUAGCAACAAAGAGACCGUCAGUAAGAGUGAUGUCCUCUUCCUGGCUGUGAAACCCCACAUCAUCCCCUUUGUUCUGGAUGAGAUUGGGCCAGAUAUUGAGGACCGUCAUCUCAUAGUCUCGUGUGCGGCAGGCGUCACCAUCAGCUCCAUAGAGAAGAAGCUGCUUCAAUACCGUCCAACUCCUAAAGUCAUGAGGUGUAUGACUAAUACUCCAGUGGUGGUGAGAGAGGGAGCUACAGUGUACGCCACUGGGACACACGCAGAGGUGGAGGAUGGAAAGUUACUGGAGCAGCUGAUGGCUAGUGUGGGUUACUGCACGGAGGUGGAGGAGGACCUCAUAGAUGCUGUCACUGGGCUGAGUGGCAGUGGACCGGCCUACGCAUUCACAGCCCUGGAUGCUCUUGCAGACGGAGGAGUGAAGAUGGGUCUGCCCAGAAGACUGGCUGUUAGACUUGGAGCUCAGGCCCUUUUGGGAGCAGCUAAGAUGCUGCUAGACUCGGAGCAACACCCCGGCCAACUGAAGGACAACGUGUGCUCACCAGGGGGCGCCACCAUCCACGCCCUGCACGUCAUGGAGAGCGGCGGCUUCCGCAGUCUCCUGAUCAAUGCGGUGGAGGCUUCAUGCAUUAGGACAAGGGAGCUGCAGUAUCUGGCAGACCAGGAGCGCAUCUCUCCAGCAGCCAUUAAGAAAACUACACUGGACAAGGUCCUCCAGCAGCCCGGCGUCACAGUCAGCGGAGUGGCUAAUGGGAACGGCAAAUCGGGGCUCAGCCUGUUCAACAAUCGCGGCCCCAAUAUCAAGAAGAAGAACUGAGUACUCUGAGGCAGGCACACACACAAACACAUCACAGGUAUAAGUGCACCAACGCGUGCACACGUGGACAUACUUGCAUCUUAUAUCCGAAAUCUCAUCCAAAUCCCUUAAACACAAAUAAUGUAUCCCUUUUUGAGUUACAUACGGACAGUGGACCUGCUGGUGUCACCACCACAUUACACAUAAGCACAGGUGCAUUGUGGGUGCAUUGCCCACAGUUAUAGCCUUAUGUUGUGAUGCAGAAAUACUUACUACACAAAUCCAGAUGCACACUGAAGAGAAAUAAGUGCAUUUACAAUCUGUUGUCUGUCUGUGUUAAGGCUCUAGACUAUCUAGGGCUGUUAAACGGUAAUGACCCAGUGGGCCAUCAUGGGAUCCUGGUACUCACCAGGCAACAGAUGGCUACUGGGAUACCGUCAAGCUUUUAAUGUUUGUCUUUAAUGUCUUUCUUUAAAACAAAAAUGAAGCCACGAUGUAAAUUUACCUGUACCGUUCUAUUGUUUGUGUUAAUAAUUAUAUUUUGUUUGGCUAACAGUUUAUACUGUUAACAAAGACUGAAUGGCCGAACAAAAACAUGUAAUGACUUUAUUUUUGGUUGUUUUUAAUUGUCCUAUACGAACACUAUGGUCUUCAAUGUUACAGCAGGGUUUCUAGCACAUUAGGCAUUGUCCCUUUGAACCAGGGGCACACAAAAUAUUGUUUCUUCAUAUAAAGGUCAUUCCAAGCUUUAAAACAUCUCUGAUGUCAACAGUUUCCUCACAUCCCUUUUCUGUUUAAGGGGUCUUAAAACCCAAAUCUUGAACGGUUAUCUUAACCCCCAAAUGUUUUAUAAUAUCAAGGCACUUUUUUACAUUUUCUCUCAAAGGAAUGUGAUGUUACCUGAAAGUCCUACAAGAUAUUAAUUUACACAAGAAACAAGAAUAUAUGGCAACAUAUUCAUAUAGAUAAUGAUGUAACCGCAUUACGUCAGUCCAUCCAUUGUGUAUUUAAUUGUAUUCGUUACAUUUUUUUAUCCCUCAUAAUGUUUAUGUAUUGUUCCGUUUGGCAUAUUAACCACAGAGUUGGUGUGCUGGUCAAAAAGUCAAUAUUAAAGAAGCAGAAUCAAAUAA